CGCCUGAUGUUCCCGAGAGAGUAGUCAUAGAAGAAAUAUUACCAAUUUCUAUUACUAAAAAAGUGAAGAAGCCACCAGCUAAAGUGAGUGAAGAAGAGCCUUUCUAUGUAGAGGAGGAAGUACCUGUCCCUGUUCCCAAAAAAGUGGAAGCCCCACCAGCUAAAGUGCUUAAGAAAAAACCACCAGAAGAAUGGAAACCCCCUGUUGCUAUUGAAAUAGAAGAACCUCAGUUCACCAAAGUAACUGAAGUGCAAAGGAAAAUUAUCACCCAAGAAAAAGUAGCUGUCACUGAAAAGGAGGAAGCUCCACCAAAAAGAGUGCCAGAAGUUCCCAAGAAAGCUGUGCCAGAAGAGAAAGUGCCCAUUCCGGUCCAUAAAAAAGUGGCGGCUCCACCAGCUAAAGUGACUGAAGAAGAGCCUUUCUACAUAGAGGAGGAAGUACCUGUCCCUGUUCCCAAAAAAGUGGAAGUCCCACCCGCUAAAGUGCCUGAGAAGCCUAAGAAAGUUGUCCCACCACCAAAAGUUCCUGCUGCUCCUAAAAUUGAGGAAGCUCCACCAGCGAAAGUGCCUGAAGUUCGUAAGAAAGCUGUUCCUGAGGAGAAAGUACCUGUCCCUGUUCCUAAAAAGGCAGAGGCCCCGCCACCCAGAGUACUUAAGAAAAAACCACCAGAAGAAUGGAUACCUCCUGUUGCUAUUGAAAUAGAAGAACCUCAAUUCACCAAAG